AUGGCAGCCUGGGCCCCGGUCAGCAGCCCAGCUGGGGCCCUGCGAGUCCGUCUGCCGGAUUUCCUGUGAGUGGAGGGAGAGAGCACCCAGCUCUGCCCAUGGGUCAUUGUGCCUCAUCCACUCCUCGUAGGUAUAGUGCGGAGGGCGGCGCCCUGUGUGGGAGAAAGCCCUUCCAUGGUAGAGACCCCUCCCUCCAGCGGCAGCCAGUGCCCCCACCACACUCAGGACGUCCUUAAAGCCCGGGCUCCUCCUCCGUCAGCGGUUUAACUGGCCACGGUUCUGGUUCUGGCAAUGAACAGAUUCCAGUGAUUUAAAUGGCCUGCCUGCCCGCAGGCUGGCCCAGGGCAGAGCCUCUGCCUCUUCCCGCCUCCAGGACCACAGAGAGCCCAGGCACGACUUCCCCGGGCUCUGGCAAGGUCUGUCUGCUCUGACGCUGGAUCCUUGGGAAUCCCGAGGACUCUGCUGCCUUCCAGCACACACGGAGGAUGGCUCAGGACAUGCUUCUGCCUCCCAAGAGCCUCCUUGUCUGUGACCAGCUGGAAGGAGAGAGCCAGGUCAGAACUCUGGCCCCCCGGGAGUGAGCCUGCUGCUGGCCUGCUGGGAUGUGUCUUAGUGCAGCCCUCCCCAGCGAUGUCGCUGACCUGGGCCGAGGCACCCAGUCUUUACUCUGGCUGUCGGGAGAACCUUUCCUUCACUGCCAGCCCCAGGGCUCUGAACAGUGGCUAAGCUUCUCAGGGCUGGCUCUUCAGAGAUGCGCUGCGCCUUCAGGAGGACUGUAGAACCCAGCUGUAUUUUUGGACUAUGACGACAUAUCGACCCAUUCAGAAUGAAGGUGUGGAUGUGGGAGGUGGUGGAGGGGGGAAAGGGAGCGACCCUCUCACAGGCCCCCACGGAGGGGAUUAUUUCCAUUCUGGAUUUUGGGCCCAGAACGGUAGCUCGCCGCAGCCUGGCCCCCCUGCCAGCGAGAACGCAGUAGCAUCGCGCUCCAGUGCCACGACCCCUGCGAUGCCCAAGAUGGGAGUGCGUGCCAGGGUGGCCGACUGGCCUCCGAAGCGAGAGGCUGUGAAGGACCAGGCUAGUUCCAUCCCGGCCCAGAACGUGGACAGUGCCAAAGCUGGGAGAGAGGGCCUCCUGCUCAGGCCCUCUCAGAACGGCCAAGCCCUCCCCAUUGGCUCCAGGGCGUCGGGGUCUCGAGCUUUCCACCGCUUAUCACGUAGGAGGUCCAAGGAUGUUGAGUUCCAGGAUGGGUGGCCGCGGUCUCCAGGCCGAGGAUUUAUUCCUCUGCGGAACCGAAGCAACAGUGAAAUCACCCUCAGUGAAUGCGACGUGGAAGAGCCCUUGGAGGUGAGGGGGUCCCGGUACGUGGGGGGGCUGCCUCUGUUCCGGGAGUACGGCAGCACGUCGUCCAUCGACGUGCAGGGCGUCUCGGAGCAGAGCCUUUUCGACAUUCUCAAUGAGUUUCGCAGCGAAAAGCCGGAGCCCCAUGGGCCGGGUUCUGAAAAGCUGAAUGAGCUGCUCGCGGCUGAUGCGGGCAUGGCCUCCCACCUGCACCUUGCCAGCGGCUCGAAGGCAGCCAUCCGCAACGGCCAGCCCCAUAGGGAUGACUUCCUGCUGCAGCCCAAGGAGAAGGACAAGCUACGGAAGAAGGCCGCCAAAGGUGGGGAUGCGGGCGACUCCUCCAUCUUCCGGAAGCUGAGGAGUGCGAGGAUCGACAGUGAGCCGCCGGGGAAGGCGUUUGCCGAGGCUGACGAUGGCGGGGGCGGUGGCAGGCUCCCGGAGGGCAGCAGGCCCUGGGUCUGCCAGAAGAGCUUCGCCCACUUCGACGUCCAGAGCAUGCUGUUUGACCUGAAUCAGGUCGCUGCCAACCGGCUGUCAGCAGCGGCCCAGCGGCGGAACACGACCACCGGGGCGUCGGCGGCGUCGGCGGACCCGUCCUUCCCCAGCACGGAGGACCUCAACUACAAGGAGAAUCUGGAGCAGGACCUCGGAGACAGCAACAGCAAUGAGCUGCUCCUCAGCUGCCCGCACUUCCGCAACGAGCUCGGGGGUGUGAGUGAGCGCAAUGUCAGCUUCUCCCGAGCCUCGGCCGGCUCGCCGGGCGGGGGCGCGCCAGAGCCCGCCCCGGGCACUUACUGCACCAACGCCAGCAUCUCGGUGCUGGAGGCCCCCGGGGAGGCGCCGCGGAGCCAGGCCAGGCUGCAGCUCUACAGCAUCGAGCACGUGGACUUGGGCGCGCGCUACUACCAGGACUACUUUGUGGGCAGAGAGCACGUCAACUACUUUGGCGUGGAUGAGAAGCUGGGGCCCGUGGCGGUGAGCAUUAAGCGGGAGAAGUUGGAAGACCACAAGGACCACGGCCCGCAGUAUCAGUACCGCAUCAUCUUCCGGACCAGUGAGCUCACCACUCUUCGGGGUUCCAUCCUGGAGGACGCCACCCCGACGGCCACCAAGCACGGGACGGGCCGAGGCCUGCCCUUGAAAGACGCAUUGGAGUACGUCAUUCCCGAGCUCAACCUCCACUGCCUGCGGCUGGCCAUGAGCACUCCCAAAGUGACCGAGCAGCUGCUGAUGCUCGAUGAGCAGGGGCUGUGUCGGAAACACAAGGUCGGCAUCCUGUACUGUAAGGCUGGCCAGAGCUCCGAGGAGGAGAUGUACAACAAUGAAGAGGCUGGCCCUGCCUUUGAGGAAUUCCUCUCGGUGCUUGGGGACAAGGUCUCUCUCAAGGGCUUCAACCGCUAUGCUGCACAACUGGAUGUUAAAACUGAUUCCACUGGAACGCAUUCUUUGUACACAACUUACCAGGAGUAUGAGCUCAUGUUCCACGUCUCCACCAUGCUUCCCUACACCCCCAACAAUCGGCAGCAGUUACUAAGAAAGAGACACAUAGGAAAUGACAUUGUGACCAUCAUCUUCCAAGAGCCUGGAGCCCUGCCCUUCACCCCCCAGAAUAUCCGUUCCCAUUUCCAGCACGUCUUUAUCAUUGUCCGAGUUCACAACCCAUGCACUGAUGCUGUUUGUUACAGCGUGGCUGUGAGUCGAUCCAAAGAUGCCCCUCCAUUUGGCCCUCCCAUCCCAAAUGGAGUCACAUUCCGCAAAUCAGAUGUCUUCCGAGACUUCUUGUUAGCUAAAGUGAUAAAUGCCGAGCAUGCUGCCCACAAGUCUGAUAAAUUCCACACGAUGGCCACUCGGACAAGGCAGGAAUACCUCAAGGACCUGGCCGAAAACUGUGUGACCAACACUCCCAUUGACUCCACGGGGAAAUUUAACUUAAUCUCUCUCACCUCCAAGAAGAAGGAGAAGACAAAAGCUCGGGCGGGCGCCGAGCAGCACAGCCCGGGGGCCAUUGCAUGGAGGGUGGCUGCCCAGGAUUUUGCACAAGGGGCAGAGAUUGAGUGUAUAUUGGGGAUUUCGAAUGAGUUCGUCGUCCUCCUGGACCUGGGCACCAAGGAGGUGGUAUUCAACUGCUUUUGUGGGGACAUCAUUGGCUGGACCCCAGAUUCCUCCACACUCAAGAUCUUCUAUGGGCGAGGGGACCACAUCUCCAUACGUGCCUCCGAAGGGUUCCCUGAGGACAUUAGGGAAAUUAUCCAGAGACUCAAGGUAAUGACCAGUGGCUGUGAAACAGUGGACAUGACCCUGCGGCGGAAUGGGCUGGGCCAGCUGGGCUUCCACGUGAAGUAUGACGGCACCGUCGCGGAGGUGGAGGACUACGGCUUCGCCUGGCAGGCGGGACUCCGGCAGGGCAGCCGGCUGGUGGAGAUCUGCAAGGUGGCCGUGGUUACCCUGACGCACGACCAGAUGAUCGACCUGCUGCGGACCUCAGUCACUGUGAAAGUGGUCAUCAUCCCCCCCUUCGAGGACGGGACUCCUCGGAGGGGAUGGCCGGAGACCUGUGACAUGAAUACCUCGGAGCCUAAGGCAGAGCCAGAGAGCACGGCGGCCCGGCCCCCAUAUCGGAGCAGCUCUUCCUGGCAGUGGAGCGGGCCUGCUUCCCACAACUCCUUGCAGGCCUCCAAGUGGGCUGCACCUGGGACCACGGGCCAUGCCCAGUCACUCAGCCGACCGCCAAAGCCCACGCCAGGGGUCCCUUACCGGGAAACCCAGCCACUGCACAGCAAACGGCCUGUCAGCUUUCCAGAGAAUUCCUAUCCAGCCUCACCAGCAGGGGUGGACAGAGUCCAGCCUUAUCGGCAACCUUCGGGGAGUUUCUCCACUCCAGGCUCCGGGGGACCUUCCUCUUACACACGCUACAAGCCAUCCCCAGAGAGAUAUGCAGCCUCCCAGCAUCCUCUGCUGCCGCUUGAGCCCCACUAUGGCCACGAAGGGCCGUCCAGCGGCGACUCCUCCUCAGGCGGCCUGACCAGCCAGGAGAGCACCAUGGAGAGACAGAAGCCAGAGCCCCUGUGGCACGUGCCAUCCCAGUCCCGCCUCUCGGCCAUGGGUGCAAACACCGGGAGCAGGCACGUCAGCAGACAGGACGUGGCAGGCAAAGAUUCCCCCAACAGGCAUUCCAGAGGUGACCCUCAAUACUCAAGCCAUUCCAGCAGCAACACGCUGUCCAGCAAUGCGUCCAGCAGCCACAGCGAUGAGCGCUGGUUCGAUAGCCUGGACGCCCUAGAGGCCGAGCAGGACCCCCUCUCCAAGGGUGGCUCCAGCGACAGCGGCAUCGAGACCACCAUCUGCACCGCCAGCCCCAGCGGCCUGCCGCGGCCGCCCAAACUGCAGAAGCCUGCUUACGGGGGCCAUGGGGACAAGAGCCUCUACCAUUCGGACAAGCGUCGAGAGACCCUGCCUGGCGGCGGCCAGAGCAAAAACUACCGGCCCAAACUGUACUCAGCCGGCUCGAGCACCCCCUCAGGACCCGUGGGCCCCGGGAACAAUCAUGACCUGUUGAAGCAGCCCAGUAACGUGAGCUCCAGAGCCGCCUACCCCGCUCAGGUUUACAAAACGCCAGCAAUGGAGAAUGCCAGGGCCCCUCCGCUGGCUCAGCCUAUCCCCUUCCAGCUGUCUGCCUCAGUCCCCAAGUCCUUCUUCUCCAAGCAGCCCAUACGGAAUAAGUACCCCACCGGAUGGAAGAGAGCGGAGGAGCCUGCCCCUCGGCCCCUGGCCUUUUCUGACCCCAAGAAGCAAAUCGAUAUGAGCGCGAAGAAUGUGUUUGGGCAGCCCCGGCUAAGGGCGUCCCUGCGCGAUCUCCGCUCACCCCGGAAGAAUUACAAGUCAACCAUUGAGGAUGACCUCAAGAAACUCAUCAUCAUGGACCCCCUGACCCCAGAGCAGGAGCGAGAGUCUUCGUCCCCCCAGAAGGCGCUGCAGAGGACCCUGUCCGACGAGAGCUUGUGCAGCGGCCGGCGGGAGGCCUCGUACUCCAGUCCACCCUGCUUCGAGCCAGGCCUGCCCAGUGACGUCCUCUUCACAAGCACGCUGCCCUCCCGCCGACAACACCAGCACUCCCACCCGCUCCCGGCCGGUGGCAACGGCUUCCCUGAGAAGAAAUCCACCAUCUCUUCCUCGGAGCUCUCCUUGACUGACGUGCGGGACCGGCCAGUGAGGCGCCUGGACCCUGGCAUGAUGCCCCUCCCUGACACCGCUUCUGGCCUGGAGUGGUCCAGUCUGGUCAAUGCCGCGAAGGCCUAUGAAGUGCAGCGAGCGGUCUCUCUCUUCUCUCUCAAUGACCCGGCCCUGAGCCCCAACAUUGCACCAGCACACAGCCCAGUUCACUCGAGCCUGGAGAGGACGCCCACCACCCCCCGAACAACCCCCACAAUGAGCGAGGAGCCCCCUGUGGACCUGCCUGGGAAGGUGUACCAGCUAGAAGUGAUGCUGAGGCAGCUGCACAGUGACCUUCAGAAGGAGAAACAGGACAAGGUGGUCCUGCAGACUGAGGUGGCCACCUUGAGGCAGAACAACCAGCGGCUGCAGGAGGAAUCGCAGGCGGCCAAUGAGCAGCUGCGGAGGUUUGCGGAGAUCUUCUCCAGCGCAGUGGAGAAGAAGGAGACCUGAAGGCAGGGACUGCUGGGCCCUGCCCCUCCCCCACCCCCCCUCCGCCCUCGGGCGGCACAGGGUGCCAGGCUGUCCCGGAGGCAGGCGGGGUGGAGAUGGGGUCCUCGGAGUCACCUGGGCUCCCCUACCCAGAGGCCCUUGGGGCAGUGGAGCCACACUAGUGACCAGUCCUCCCCACUGUCAUGAAACCUUGAACCCACUGGCCAGCCCUUGGUGUAUUGAGUUCUGACGCAAUAUAGAAACCCUUUGGACCAACUGGGAGGGUAGGGGCAGGCUGGGGGCACGCCUCCCCCCACCUGCCCCCUACCAUCAAGUUUCCGAAAAACCUCGGAGCACUUUUUUCCAAGCUAAAGUACUUUCUAGUAAACCCAAGAUGGAGAAAUCCCAA